AUGCAGUCUUUGAAAACGGAAAAAAAGAUUGUCAAGGACGCAGCAAGAAAACAUUUCCAAGAGAUUGAGAAGGUAGGACAGGACGAUGAAAAUUCAGAUUUGCCCGAUGAAGACAAAUUCCAGUACCUUAUCCAAUCCACCGAAGAAAACUCGCCAGCCCGUAAUUUGGUAGAAAGUUUCCCACCCUCAGCAAACAAUUACAAAAUUGCCGUUGACCAACUCAAAACUAGGUUUGCAAGGGACGAGGUUUUAAUUCAGGUUUAUGUUAGAGAGCUUUUAAGCCUCGUUUUAAGUCAACAUAUUUCACCGGAAAAAUCAGGUAUGGCUUUAUCAAAUUUGUACGAUAAAUUGGAGACUCAGCUAAGGGCGCUGGAAACAUUGGGUGUGACCACCGACAAAUACGCCACGAUGCUUUUACCAUUGGUUGAGUCAGCUAUACCACACGAAUUGCUAAAAAUUUGGGAAAGAGACCGUUUAACUAAUGAUUAUUUUGUUAACGAGUUACAGGGUCUACUGAAGUUCCUAAAAGCCGAGGUGGAAGCAGACGAGCGAAUAAAACUUGCACAAACCAGUUUUUCUUUGGAAAAAGGAGUAAAAAUGGGUCAGGAUAGGUGUUCUGUAGAAGUGUUGCAUGUGAAAAAUACUGAGAUUAAAGGUAAGCUCAAUUUUUCUUGCAUAUUUUGCGAUUCAAACUCUCAUAACAGUCAGGAUUGCAUAAGAGCACAAAAAAUGACGUUGGAACAAAAAAAGACAACUGUAGCAAAGAAAAGAGGUUGUUUUUCAUGUCUGAAACCCAAUCACAGUUUUAGAACUUGCAAAUCUAUAGUCAAAUGUGUAAAAUGUACACGAAAACAUCAUGCUCUUAUGUGUCCCGAUCUGCAUGAGAAAGAGAAAGAAAAGAAGGACGCAAUAGGCAGGAGAGAAUUGAGCAAACGAUGA